AUGGGAAUUAGCAAAGCUGCCUUGCUCUUUCUUUUUGUGCUCAGCUCAGUGCAAGGAAGCAUACUAGACAGCUAUGUGAGAACAGAGGGAGCUUGGCUGCUUAACCCAAAGAAGCAAAUUUAUAAGACAAAUACUAAAGAAGAAUGUGCGGAGCAGUGUGAAACUGAAACUAAAUUCACUUGCAGGGCCUUCUUAUUCACCAGUAAAGACCAACAGUGUUUAACAUUGGCUGAGAACACCAAAACAGCAGUGAUAUUCAGAAGAACAAAUGCAGUUCUUUAUGAAAAAAGACUUUAUCUUCUAGAAUGCAAGGAGGGGAAAGGGGUGAAUUACAGAGGAACAGAAGCCAAAACUCAGAAGGGUGUGCCAUGCCAGAAGUGGUCUGACAGUAUACCCCAUAAACCUAAUUAUACACCUGAAAAACACCCUAAUGCAGGCCUGGAAGAAAAUUACUGCAGAAACCCUGAUAAUGAUGAAAAGGGACCCUGGUGUUACACAACAGAUCCUAAUACGAGAUUUGAUUACUGUAACAUCCUAGAGUGUGAAGUGGAAUGCAUGCACUGCAGUGGAGAAAACUAUCACGGAGUAGUUGCAACAACAACAUCUGGACUUGAGUGCCAGCGCUGGGACUCCCAGCAACCUCACUCUCACGGAUACCUCCCUGAAAAUUUUCCAGAGAAGGAUCUGAAGAUGAAUUAUUGCCGUAAUCCUGAUGGUGAACCCCGGCCCUGGUGUUUCACUACCAACCCGAAUAAACGCUGGGAAUUUUGUGACAUUCCUCGUUGCACAACACCCCCACCAGAACCUGCACCAGGACGUCAGUGCCUAUCAGGAAGAGGAGAAGACUAUCGAGGCACGAUCUCUGUUACUGAAUCAGGAAAUACCUGUCAGCACUGGAGUGCUCAAUCUCCUCACAGACAUGCUCGCACUCCUGAAAACUAUCCCUGCAAGAAUUUAGAGGAAAACUACUGUAGAAACCCUGAUGGUGAGAAGAUGCCAUGGUGUUACACCACCAACAGAACUGCUCGGUGGGAAUACUGCACCAUUCCCUCCUGUGAUGGAGUAGAGCAAGACACUGCUGCUGUUGAUGGGCCUGAGCAAGCUCAAAUUACUGAGGAGUGCUAUCGAGGCAAUGGUGUGAGUUAUCGUGGCACAACGUCUUUCACUGUCACAGGAAAGAAAUGUCAAGCCUGGAACUCAAUGUCACCACAUCGUCACAAUAAAACGUCAGAUCGGUUCCCAAAUGCGGACCUGAAGCAGAAUUAUUGCAGAAACCCAGAUGCUGAUAGCCGGCCGUGGUGCUACACCACUGACCCAGGUGUGAGAUGGGAGUACUGCAACCUGAAGAGGUGUGAUGACAAUUUACAAAUCACUCUACCGAAACCUCCUCAGACAACUCUGGAACCAGAUCCUGAAUGCAUUAAUGGAAAUGGUAAAGAUUAUCGUGGCACGAUAGCGAAAACUGCAAGGGGCAGGACUUGUCAAGAUUGGAGGUCUCAGAGACCACACAGCCAUGACUAUUUCACUCCCUUGACUCAUCCAGAAGCAGGCCUGGAUAACAAUUAUUGCAGAAAUCCUGACGGAGAUGUGAAUGGACCUUGGUGCUACACAACAGACCCAAGAAAAGCCUGGGAGUACUGUGACAUUCCCAAGUGCCCUCCUGCUCAGUAUGAGUGUGGGAAAUCCAAGUUCAGACAAAAGUUGUGUGCUCAAAGGAUUGUUGCUGGUUGUAUUUCACAUCCACACUCCUGGCCCUGGCAAAUCAGUCUCCGGACAAGUUAUGGCCUGCAUUUCUGUGGGGGAACUCUGAUAGACCCACAGUGGGUUCUUACUGCUGCUCACUGCCUAGAAAAGUCAUCACGGCCAUCUGCAUAUAAAGUAUAUCUUGGAUUACACAGAGAAACAGCAUCAGAGCCAUCGGUGCAGAAAAUAGAUGUUGAGAAAUUGUUCAAGGAGCCACACAGAGUGGACAUUGCUCUACUAAAACUGAAGAGCCCAGCAAUCAUCAAUAAUCAUGUAAUCCCAGUUUGCUUGCCUAAAGAAAAUUCUGUGUUAGGAGGAAGAGAGGAGUGCUAUGUGACAGGUUGGGGAGAUACAAAAGGAACUGGGGGUGAUGGCUACUUAAAAGAAACUGGUUUCCCUGUAAUUGAGAAUAAAAUAUGCAACCGCCCUGAAUUUUUGAAUGGGAAAGUCAAAAAUCAUGAACUCUGUGCUGGGAAUAUUCAUGGAGGCACAGAUAGUUGCCAGGGGGACAGUGGAGGACCUCUAGUCUGUCUGGACCAAGAUAAAUUUGUCCAACAUGGAGUCACUUCUUGGGGCCUUGGCUGUGCCCAACCCAUGAAACCUGGAGUUUAUGUUCGAGUUUCUAAUUAUAUUCCUUGGAUUAGGAGCGUAAUGGAAAACAACUGAUACUGGGUAUGGACUGCCCUCUCCUGGCAAGCAGUGUGCACAUUAGAAAUACAAGAUUCCAAGUGCAAUAUUAAAGCUACAAUCAUUCCUUAAAAAACUAAAAUAAAUAUGAUCAUCCAUUUAAAAUUGCUAUAAGUUAAUGUUUAUUGCCAAGAAACCCAACUGAUGGUGUGUUACCCUCCUUCUAUAUAUUCUGUGGUUUGCUAUGUCUGACAAUAGACCUACCCACCUUUGAAAUACUUGUCAAAAAAACAACAUCAACUGGAACUGGACACCUGCAUUUCAAUCUUAUAUGAGACUCUACAAUGACUUUUUCUUCUAAGGUUGAAUUUCCAAAGAUGUCGUGUCUCAAGCAAGGGAAAAAAAGGAGAAUACUUCUCAUUUUCUAUGAGUUGUUUCAUCCUUUUACCAAUUCAGUGACACAAAGCAAAGAAGAAACUCACUGUACUUGUCUUUUAUGCCUGUGAAGUUUUAUUAGAUAUUUCUGAUAGCAUUAAAUACAUAGAACGGAAGAAAAAGAAGCAAACACAUUUGGUUUGUAUUUUCAUAUUUUUUAUUGACAUAUAAAUAUGUGUCAGCAGAAGUACAACUGUACCAUCAGAGAUAUAAAACAGUGAAUAAAAAAAACCCUGACCACAAAGUUAGUCCAUAGUGAAGACAGAGAAAUAGCUGAUGUCAAUCAUUACAGCAAGUAAUGACAAUGCAUGUAACAUAUUAUAAACUUUCAUUGUCCACAGUACCAGUCCUGUUUCACUAUAUAACUUUGUCUUACUGUAUAAUCGUUACUUGUAUUUUUUUUUCUCUAAAAGAAAAGGAAGUACACAGGCUUGUGGUUACAGGAAAUGAAAUCUGUGCCCAUACACCAACAUCUCUUAAAAUACAGCUACUUCUAUGUGGUGUUAUAAUGGCAAAUUUCUUCAUGAUGUUUGAAAGAAAAGACCAGAAAAGACCCCCAAAAUUCAGUGCUGAUCUGCUGAAUAUACAUGUGCAAUUACACACACUAGAGGAAAAAGCCCUCCUGGUCUCUCUGCCAAGCAAUGACAAAUUUCUGAACCAUGAAGCAUUUCAGAAGUUACCUCUCCUUCCAUUAUGGGGAUUUUAUGUUUCAUUUUACAUUUAUUAUUUUUUCUUUGUUCUUCAUCUAUUGUCUGUUUUCUGUUGUCUAAAAAGAGAUUUUUCUUCCAAAACAUGCUAUAAAAAGAACUGAUUUCAGUUGUCCAAUAAGUUGCUGCUGUUUGUGAAUCAUGUUGCCCCCUAGAAAUGCAUUCACAUUUUCCAUGUCUUCCCCCAAGAACAAGUGCCCAUGGAGGAGAUUGGUUGCAUUCUAGCAGUUUUGUUUUGUUUUUUUUUCCCUGUAGACUGUAAUGGGAGAUUAUAGUCUGGCUAGAAAUGUCCAGACAUGCCUGAGAGGCUGCACACAACCCACCUAAAUGAUAACUCUUUAAAGCAUGUAAAUUGUGACCUUUUCCUUCUAUGAGAGUGUCAAUGGCAAUAUAUAUCACCACUUAUCACUAAUUGUACUUAUUACUAACCAUUUGUAGAAACUAGUAGAAGUUACUAGAUGAAUGAAGUUACUUCAUUACUAGAUGAAGGCAAAUUUGGGGACAGGGACACAUUUGGACCAAAAAGCAUAUUCACCUGUUUGUUGGUCUAAGGAAACAUUUUGCAGACAGGAAGAAGUUAGCUCCCGGAUUCCUGUGGUUAUGUUGAACUUGUGUCUUUGGCAUUGGUAAGGCGAUCUGUUGGUGGCUAUGCAGAUCACAUCAUUCGUUGAGCCUCUAGAAUGAGGUGUCUAGCACAUGCAAGACAACUAAAGCUAGCAAUGUUUGCCACUCACCCAUGGCUGUGUAACCCCAUCAUCACCUGGUCGUGCUAACAGGUUACUACCCUUUUCACAACCUUCAAGGGGCAGCCCAAAUUCACACAGACACAGGAUUCUCCAUCUUAUAAAAUCUACCUGUUAUGGGUAAGAGUUAGCACAGGAGCCAUUACUGAAUAUAAACUUGUCCUGAAUUUAGACCUCCUGUUGCCAUUCAUUGUUAUUGUAUUAAAGUCAGAACACAUACACAGCCUUUUUUCUGAUGUUCUCUACAUAAUGAGUUUUUAUAAAAUAAAUAAACUUAAUCUUCUGACACUGCUCCUAGUUAGUUUACGUACAGGAAUAUUUUACCUGUAUCCUCUUCCAAGCAACAUAUGGUGCUAUGCAAAACAAAGCACAAUCCAAAAGGCUGAAAACAAGCCUUCACCCCUCUCACUUCUCAAGCACCUUUCAGUCAUCUACAAACAGCAACAGCUGGCAAAUAAUAUUGACAUUACUUUGUCAAUGAAUGAUAGCUUUGAAUGAUCUUCACCGUCCUUCCCAGACUGCUGCAGUGUCUAAGAAACUGUUUAAAAAUGAAACAAAAUUCAUGAAGGAGAAGCAUUAAAGGGAAGGGGAAGGCUUAGCUCAUCCAGCAUCACAUCUGUGCACCUCCCCAUGCCUCCCGAGGGCCAGUGGGGUCUGGUUGGCUGCCAAGAAGCCAGGGCUGAGCUCUGUGCUCCCACCCCACACUGAGACACAGCAGUGGGUUUGCCCAGGGUUUGCACCAGGGCAGUGCAAGACCAUGGCUUCCAGUUCGGGGCUGGUCUCUGCCAGCCAGCCCUGGGGAGCUUACAGCUGCCAGAGGAUGAUCACAUUGGUGUAGGAGGAGUUUCCCGCCCGCAGCAGUAACUCCAGUUUCAGGUCAUAUGCUAAUCACCAAUUUGCCAGAUGUUAUGACACAUGCAUUUAGUUUCAUACCUUCCGAUCACUACUGACUUUUGCUAAGCAUGCUAUUGACCUCCAACUAUGCCUUAGAGGAAAUUAAGAAUAGCCUUGAAAGACAGACCUUCAUUGCUAACUGUUCAAAGCAUGCAAACUUUGAUUUGAGAUUACUGAUAUAGAUCCUGUUUUCCUCCAGCAUGGUUGGUGGUAUGGGCAGUUGCUGGGAAAAGGCAGGAACUGUUGAAAUGCCUGCUAUACUCCUCACCAUAGGAAAUCCCUGUGCACAGCAGUCUUCUUGUGCUCUUAAGAUGAUUAGACUGCAGCAGUAGUCAUUCAGCUGCACUGACCUUAAUGUUAACAUCACUCAUUUGUGUUAUAAAGCCUUAAAACCCAUUCCCAUAUUUUCCUAUGCCAAAUAUUUUGUUCUGAGCUGAUAAAGCCCUCUACAACAGCUCAAUGUCUUUCUUUUGUGGUUUAAUUCUCCAUUGUUAACAGUACAUCAUUUGGAUGCCACUCUCAAGUCCUUCACUGUAAGGAGUGUAUUGACAGUCUGGCUCUGGCCAGGCCCCAACACUUGGUGGAGAAGCUCACAGGGACCAAAACAAAGGCAGGGUGUGCCAGCUGUCUGCUUGCAGAGCCACAGAUCCAAACACUUUUGCUACAGGUCAGCUUCAAACAACUGGGUCCAGUUAACACUUCCCUCCACAACCAAACCUCUUGUCUUGUCCCUGCUCAUUUUCCCAAGACAGCUAAACAUCUCUGUCAGCAUCUCAAAUAACUUAUACCCAAGGCAGAAAGGUGGCCAAUGAUGUGGAGAAGAGCAACUCUGCGAGUCAGCUUGGCCCUUUACAGAGUGAGGUGAUUUGGUUUUCAGAAAUGGGCAGAGUUUAGAACAGAAAAAAAAAUCAGCAUGUCUGGCACACAAACCCCAGCGGGGCCUGGGAGGAGGCGGUGAUGGGCAGUUGGAUGAUCUGCCCUGCAGAGCUAAUGCCCUGUGACAGCUACAUAACAGGAGAGGAGGAAGAGGAGUGCUGCCACAUUUAAGAAAGACCUUCAAUGGGCAGGGCUUUUGUCACAGAGUGUCACUGGGAGAGAGGAGCAGACUGGGGUGAGGAUCUCCUGGUCCCAUCCCUCCUGAC